AUGGAGAACUAUGGGUCAGCGAAGGAGAGAGCGAGAGAGAUGGGCGGUAAAGGGAAGGUGGUGUUCACCAUUAUCGUCGUCGUCAAUGGUUGCCAGUUGGGGAUUUUAUUUAAACCUGCUGAGCAGGUUUUCAAAAUCACAGGAGGAUGGGGCUGGAGGGUGUCAUUGGGGUUGGCUGGUCUUCCUGCUGGUCUCCUAACCUUGGGAGCCCUUUUGGUGGUGGAAACUCCCAACAGUCUUGUGGAGCGCGGUCUCUUGGAAGAAGGAAAAGCUGUACUUAGGAGGAUCCGGGGCACCGAUAAUGUGGAACCAGAGUUCUUGGAACUUGUUGAGGCUAGUCGCAUCGCUAAAGAAGUGAAGCACCCCUUUAGAAAUCUCUUAAAGCGUAGGAAUCGCCCCCAACUUAUCAUUGCAGUAGCCAUGCCGAUCUUUCAACAAUUUACUGGCCUCACAGCAAUUAUGGUUUACACGCCAGUCCUAUUCAACACAUUAGGAUUUUACAGCGACGCUGCCCUCUACUCAGCUGUUAUAACAGGGGCCGUCAAUUUUGUCUCCACUUUUGUAUCCAUCUACUCAGUUGAUAAAGUAGGCCGUCGCAUGCUGUUACUGCAAGCUGGAGUUCAAAUGUUCCUGUCUCAAGUGGCUAUAGCCGUAAUACUAGGAAUCAAGGUCAAGGACCACUCUGAUAACCUUCACAAAGGCUUUGUAAUCUUUGUGGUGGUUCUGGUUUGCACUCAUGUAGCUGCAUUUGCUUGGUCUUGGGGACCUCUAGGUUGGCUGAUACCUAGUGAGACAUUCCCACUAGAGACCCGCUCAGCCGGACAGAGUGUGACCGUCUGCACCAACUUGCUCUUCACUUUUGUCAUAGCACAGGGCUUCCACCAAAAACAAAGAUGA